UUUUAGAGAGAGAGAAGAGAGAGAGAGAGAGAGACGAAGAGAGUUUUCAGUCACCUGAGAUCGUCUCCAGCGACUCUCCGCUGUUGAUAAGGACGCGACGGGACCAUAUUUUGCGUGUUCGUUCUGACUUCUGAGAAAUGGCUGUCGGUGGAGCAGCACCCCCAAGAGGAAGUGCAGCAGCAGCUGCUGCCAAUCUGCGUAGGAGGAGAACAGCAGGUGGUGGGACUGCUGCAGGAGGAGCAGCCGGCAACAUGCUCCAGUUUUACACAGAUGAUGCUCCAGGGCUUAAGAUAUCUCCCAAUGUUGUCCUUGUAAUGAGCAUUGGUUUCAUAGCAUUUGUUGCUAUUCUUCAUGUCAUGGGUAAGCUGUAUUUCGUACGUAGGGAGGCUUGAGAAGUUCUAUGGUUUACCAGCUGUUUAAAUUUGCAGAAUUUUUGUGUUUGGGAUCCUAACGUUUUGUGUUCAUAAGGACUGUGUUGUCCUUACUGCUUUUGAUUACAUUGAGAAACACAAUUUGCUUGGAACCUGGAAA